AUGCCGGAGUGGAGGGCGGGAUGCCGGAGCCGGGCCGGGCGCUCGGGGCUCUCUCCCGGGCCGCUCCGGCCCCGGCGCUCGGGGCCCGCCCGGCCAAAGUCCCUGCGCCAUGAGCGGGGGGAGCGGGUGCUCGAGGAAGCGGCGGGCGCCCGGCAGCGCUGCGGGAACGGCGGCGGCUCCGUCCCGGGGACGCUGCUCUGCACCGACCGCCGCCUCGCCUUCCUGCCCGGCCAGUCACCCUGGGAACUCUUCACUGCAGGACAUAGUGGGGAUCACAAGGCACAAGGGACAUGGGACAGCCAGGCUCCUGGCUCCCGUGGCCUCCUCCGCUCUGAGGAUGAGGUGGCCCUGCCCUGCAUCCACAAGCUGGUGGCAGCCAGCAGCUUCUCCAAGCCCAAGGUGCUGACGGCCGCCUCCACCCUCAAGUUCAUCCCCGAGGAACUCGCUGUCUUCUGUCGGGAUUUCCGCCUGCUCCGCUUCUCCUUCCCCGAGAACGGGUUGGCUCCGCAGGCGUUCCGGGUGGCCAAUGCCAUCGCACAGGCACGGGAGGCGGCUGCGUGGCUGCGGGACGCUGCCGAGGGACACAAUGGCUGGUCCUGCCCUGGCGAAGCCCCCUCAGAAGAGGAGGAGGAGGAGGAGGAGGAGGAGGAAGGCUCGUCCACCACGCUGCUCUUUGAGAGCCUGCAGGACUGGGAGAAGGAACUGCAGCGUCUCGGUGCUGCGGGCUGGAGGGUGAGCGCCGUCAAUGAGCGCUUCGACAUGGCCCCCAGCCUCCCCCGGUAUCUGUGGGUGCCCAGCGGGCUUCUGGACCAUGACCUCAAGCGAACCUUUGCCCACUUCCAGGAGCGCCGGGUGCCUCGCCUGUGCUGGCACCACCCGGGUGGGGGGGACCUGCUGAGAGCCUCCAGCUUUCACCCGGCCUCAGAGCCAGGCAGUGAGGACGUGAGGUGUCUGGAGGCGCUGCUGCUGGGGGACCGCGGGCCCUGCGUGUUGGCUGACGUGGCCGAGCUGCCCACGCUCGCCGACAUCCAGCUCGCCCACCUGAGGCUGCGGGCGCUCUGCCUGCCUGGUGCAGUGGCAGAGGAGAAGUGGCUCUCGGCCCUGGAGGGGACACGGUGGCUGGACCACGUCCGCACCUGCCUGAGAAAAGCUGUGGAGGUGGUGUCGCUGCUGGCAAGGAAACGCUGCUCCGUGGUCCUGCAAGAGCCCUCAGACCGGGACCUGAACUGCCUCCUGGCCUCUCUGGUGCAGCUCCUGGGGGACCCCCACGCCCGCUCCCUGCCUGGCUUCCAGAGCCUGGUGCAGAGGGAGUGGGUGGCAGCUGGACACCCCUUCCCACGCCGGCUGGGGCUGCUCUGCCGGGACACCCCUCGAGAGGAGGCCCCUGUGUUCCUGCUGUUCCUGGACUGCACGUGGCAGCUCCUGUGGCAAUUCCCGGCAGAUUUUGGCUUCACUGAGGCUUUUCUCCUGGCGCUCCAUGACAGCAGUUUCAGCCCCUACUUCAGCACUUUCCGCUUCAGCUGCCAGCGCCAGCGAGGCCACAGCAGCACGCCCCGGCUCCCCAGCCAGACCUACCGGCCCAUGGGGGGCUGGCAGGACCCUGGGGGGCACAGGGGACGCCCCCGCACCUGCACCUUCCCCCCGGUGUGGGCCUGGGGGCGGCGUUACACCUGGCAGCAGCAGGAACAGUUCAGGAACCCUGCGGGAUCCCCGGCCCCUGCUGAGUCCCUGGCCCCAGGCACGGCUCGAGGAGCUGAGGGAUGGGGAUUGGAGGAGAUGGGAUGUGACUGGAAUGAGGAUGCUGCGGGAGCCCAGACCUCGGACGUGCGGCAAGGGGAUCGUGGGGCACUGAGGGCACUGCUGGCCGCGAGGGCCAUGUCGCCACAGAAGGGCAACGGCCCCUUCCGCCCACACCCAAGAUGGCGGCCGCGCCUUCCCCUCUAA